GUGAGGCCCCCCCCGCCGAGGUCGCCGUCGCCGUGCCGGGACCCGCCGGGGCCUUCGCCGAGGCCGGGCUGCAGUACCAGUUCAGGAGCGAGAGCAACGGCGGCCAGGUGACCUACCGGGUGGUGCAGGUGACCGAGGCGCCGCUCGAUGCCCCCGAGGCCGUCGGCGUCGUCUCCUCCUUCGCCGGGACCCCCCAGGUGCUGCAGAACCCCUUCAGCAACGGCGGCAGCCCCGGCGAGGGCGGGGCCGAGCCCCGGCUCACCUGGGCGGGGGAGGGGGCGGUGGCCGUGCAGGCCGACCCCGCCCUGGCACAGGCCGGAGGGCAGUUCUACGUGAUGAUGGCGCCGCAGGAGGUGCUGCAGGCGGGGGGAGGGGCCCCGCGCGGCCUCGCCCCCCACGGCCACGCCUACUCGCCGAAGCUGGAGGGGCCGCGGGUGCCGCGGGACGAGCGACGGCGAGCGCAGCACAACGAGGGUGAGGGGCACACCUGGAGCAAGGGCGGGAUCCUGUCCAAGGCGUGCGACUACGUGCGGGAGCUGCGCCAGAGCAACCAGCGCCUGCAGGAGACCUUCAAAGAGGCCGAGCCCCCCCCGGUGGACAACGACCUCCUGCGACAGCAGCCCCAGGUGACCCCGGUGUCGCCGCUGGAGCCGAAAGCGCCGGGCCCGGUGGGGGAUGGGCAGGUGACCCCUGCCGGCGGCCCGGCCGAGGCCGUGCCCCCUCACCUGGCGCUCACCUGGGCGCGGCGCCGCCGGCACAGCCCCCACUUCCCGCUCUGCUCCUUCUGCUGCGGCUGCUGCCGCAACCGCGGCUGCGGCCUCUGCUGCCGCACCUGA